CAUGUGUAAUGCCACUACGUCAACAAACAAACAACAAAUACACAAAUAGGCUACAUUACAUAAGUGCAACUAUGGUGACUACACAUUGAAUCAGUGUUAUGAUUCAUCCGGACUUACACAUGGAGACAGGAUGUUUGUGGGUCUGACGAGAUGUUAUUAAAGUAAAGGGAAGGUGCGCUGACUGACUGGCUCAUACAACUCAGACUAGCCUAAAUAGGAAGUGUCCCUGUUCCUCUCCAACACACCCAUUCCAAAUAAUAGUUAGCCUUCUGUAAUUACGCAAGGCUAUAGCGUAACGUGUACAGCCUGACACCACAUGCUAGUUUCGUGAAUAGGCCUAAUACAGGCAGGAGAACAUUCAUGCGACUGAGACAAGGUAAAGCUGAAGCUUCAUUCUUGCCGUUUUAAUAAGUGGGGUUGUUUUGUGGACGUGGACUGGACUAGGUUGUUUCCUUACCUGUGUGAACUGGGUGGGUACCCGAGCGAACGGGACAACAGACCGCACCACACUCACAACAGAAGGAGGAAAAUCGAUUUCAGAGACGGAAUAUAUAUAUAUAUAUAUAUAUAUUUAAAAAAAUACUUUGAUCAAGAAGCCCUUCAGAACAACUCUAAUUACACGUAGUGCAGUAGUUUCUUCCCUCCAGACCAGCUGUGGCGUUCUACUAGGAAACCAAAGUGUUUUAUAUGAAGGGCUAUGGUAUCCACGGCAGAGUAUGGCAAAACGUCGUGGGAGCUAUCGGUCCAGGUAGACCAGAGAGAUGGAGACGAGGGCAUGAGGUUUAAACUCCGAGUCAAGGGAGACCUGCACAUUGGAGGACUCAUGCUCAAACUGGUGGAGAAGAUCAAGGCCCCUCAGGACUGGUCAGACCAUGCUCUGUGGUGGGACCAGAGGAGCUGUUGGCUGCUGAAGACCCACUGGACCCUGGACAAGUACGGUGUCCAGGCGGACGCUGACCUGCGCUACACUCCCCAGCACAAACCCCUGUGCCUGCAGCUGCCCAACAUGAAAACGGUCAAACUCACUGUCAGCUACUCUGCCGUCGUCUUCAAGACCGUCGCUGAGAUCUGCAGAGCGCUCAACAUCAGGAGGCCAGAGGAGCUGUCCCUGCUGAAGCCUCCAGAUGACCCGUCCAAGAAGAAGAAGAAGAAAGACAAGAACCCAGCACUGGAUGACAUCUUAGAUAUGGACAGCAUCAGCGGAGGCUCUGGGGGAACAGGCAGUCCCCUGUACAGUAAGACUAUGGUGCCCACCUACGACCCAGAGAACGGGACUCCUGCCUCGGCCACCAGCCUGUGGUUUGGGGACAACCCACUGACCUCCAGCCAGCCCAACCUGCCCCCUGCGGAGCUGUCCAAGAUGUACCAGCAGCUGUCCAUGGUGGAUAAAGCCAUCAUCAACGCAGGGUGGCUGGACUCCUCCCGCUCCUUGAUGGAACAGGGCAUCGGAGAAGAUGACAGACUGCAGCUACGCUUCAAAUACCACUGCUUCUUCGACCUCAACCCAAAGUAUGAUGCUGUGAGGAUAACCCAGCUGUAUGAGCAGGCUCGCUGGUCCAUCCUACUGGAGGAGAUCGACUGCACUGAGGAAGAAAUGCUAAUGUUCGCCUCCUUACAGUAUCACAUAUGCAAGAUGACCAUGUCCACGGAACCUCUGGACUUCUCCAACGAACCUGAGAUGGAUGAAGUAGAGGCUGCCCUAUCCAACCUAGAGGUCACACUUGAGGGAGGAAAUACAGACAGAAUCCUGGAAGACAUCACAGACGUUCCAAAGCUGGCAGACUCCCUCAAGCUGUUCAGGCCUAAAAGACUGACGUUGCGUCCGUUUAAGGAGUACUGGUUCGUGUUUAAAGACACCACCAUCUCCUACUACAAGAACAAAGAGACAGCCAGCGGAGAGCCGAUAGAACAGCUGCAUCUCCGAGGAUGUGAGGUGGUCCCUGACGUCAACGUAACGGACAAGAAGUUUGGCAUCAAACUGCUGCUCCCAGUGGCUGAUGGGAUGAACGAGGUCUACAUCCGCUGUGACAACGAGACACAGUAUUCCAAGUGGAAGGCAGCCUGUACCCUGGCCUCCAAGGGCAAGACCAUGGCUUACAGCUCCUACAGGUCGGAGGUGAAGAACAUCCAGUCUUUCCUGCAGAUGAAAAGUCUGGCGCCCCCUCCUGGUCAGGCUGCUCCAGACUUGGAUGCCAUGGAGAUGAACGCUGAGUGCUUUGUCUCCCCCAGAUACACCAAGAAGUACAAGACCAAACAGCUGACAGCGAGGAUCCUGGAGGCCCAUCAGAACAUUGCCAGGCUCUCCCUCAAUGAAGCUAAAAUGCGCUUUAUCCAGGCCUGGCAGUCCCUGCCUGAGUUUGGUAUCAAAUACUACAUUGUCAGGUUCCGAGGCAGUAAGAAGGAUGAGCUGAUGGGUAUCUCCUAUAACCGUCUGAUCCGUAUUGACAUGUCCACUGGCCUGCCUGUCACCACCUGGAGGUUCGCCAACAUGAGACAGUGGAAUGUCAACUGGGAGAUCAGACAGGUGGCCAUAGAGUUUGACCAGAAUGUGUCGAUAGCCUUCUCCUGUGUGAGUUGUGACUGCAAGGUGGUCCAUGAGUACAUAGGAGGAUACAUCUUCCUCUCAACACGCUCCAAAGACCAGAACGAGACACUGGACGAGGAACUAUUCCACAAACUUACUGGAGGGCAGGAAUGAACCUGGGACAUCAGCUUUAAUUUAGUGCUGUGGCGAUCAAACAUGAGGAUUUGUUACAAGCUGAGACUAUCCAUGCAUUCCAAUGCAGUCAAUCAUUCAUGGACUGAAGGCCUGUAAAAAGCCAAUCCAGAGUCGAGAAAGAAUUUAAAUGAAUUGCUGAUAUGGUUUUGUAGGCUACAUAAAUUAUAUUUUCAUAUUGUAAGUGCAGAGAAAAGUAGACGUCUUGGUCACAGUACACUACAUUUGAUUCUAAGACCAUCUCUACAAAAUGUUUGGACCAUCUCUACAAGGCUCAUUUGCCUGACGGUUAGGCCUUGCAAUUCAUUCGGCACAUGGGCUGUACAUCUUGUCACCUGUUUACCUUGGUGUAGCCCAGAAAAAAUCUCAGUGACAACCAACAGACAGUGGUUGAAGAGGAGGAUUUUAGGUAGUUUUACUGACACCACAUUUUUUAAGUCUUUGAUUUCAAUGUUGUAGGCUACUUUCACAAUCACUCUAUUGGGCUGCUCAUUGCCCUAUUUUAUACAUAUUACUUUUAUACUGUUUUAUAAUGUAACAUUUGCAAUUGUAUUACAAGUCCAACAGAAUUUCAAAGAUAUUUCUGGUGGUGGGUUAUUAUCACGUUGAACGAGACAUUUGUUUACACUGGUAUUUCUCUUGACUGAACUGCAUUGAAAUAAACUUGAGAAACAUG